AUGACGUCCCAGCUUCUUGAGUUCCUGCGAACGCACGAAGAAGCUUUCCGUAGGUAAACCCAUUCCCAUCUCCUACUUCUUGUCUAGUCCUACCAGGAAGAGCAGAGCCCAGCUAACAACCAUUUCCGUCAUAGCCGUUCGCGCCUCGCAUCGCUCUAUUCCGAUUUCCGCUACCAACGAAACACAAAUCCCGAUGGCUACGUCGCCAACUCCUCCGCCUGGCUGCGCGCCCUUUCCAACGCCGCGAAAGAAGGCCUGAUUCCCUCACAGUCCGCCACCGGAAGCGAUAGACUCCUGCUGAGUACGGGAGAAGAGCUUGUUCGAGACUUGCAAACGCAGGAAUAUGGAAGGCCGCUUGCGCUUGGAGCAGUGGUCCAAGACGCGGUCAAGAGUGGGCGGCUGGUCAACAUGAAGGAGUUUUUGGAGAAGGAGGGAAGUAUAUACCACAAAGGAGGAAUUGCGAGCUGGAUUCCUGGGCCUGGGGAUGUUGUCCGAUGGGGACUGAGGCAGGUUGGUUUACUGGGAGAGGGCAGGGAGGACCAACUUGUGAAGGGACAGUGGGUUAUCGUCGCGAACGUCGAGGUGAGUUGAGCAGAGCGCCAUAGACUGACAUUAGGCUGACUUUGUUCAAGGCUGCAGCGAAGAUGGUCACCGAACAAGCAUCAAAGAUCGCGACCUCAAAUACAACCAGAGUCUUCUCCAAAGACCUCUUCAACAGCAGAUUCGCAUCCACGGUCGGUGUGGAUUCUCUCACUCAGAACGACCUCAACGUUCUCCUCCGACACCUCCAACGCGACCGCGCAGCCAUCGCCUACUCGCCAGCAUCAGGCACCGUCAAGUUCAAAGCCGACGCCGAAGCGCAGCCCUCCCCGAUUUCGGAAGAAGACGUCUCAAUCGCAUCCCUCCGAACCCUCAUCUCCGACCUCGAACCCCAAAUCGACCAGCUCACAGCCCGUAUCUCUCAGCUAGACAUCAUCGCCCGGACAGCAGUCUCCAAGAAACAGCUCUCAGCCGCCAAAACCGCCCUACGACAGAGGAAACUAGCAGACACCAAACUCCAGCAACGCACUUCCACACUCGCACAACUCGAAGAUGUCUACGCGAAGAUCGAACAGGCUGCUGAUCAGGUGGAAAUCGUACGAGUUAUGGAGAUGUCGGGACAAACCUUGAAGAAUUUGAACAAGCAGACUGGUGGUGUGGAGAGAGUGCAAGAUGUGAUGGAGGGAUUGAGGGAGGAGAUGAUGAACGUCGAUGAGAUUAGAACAGCUAUUAACGAGGUUAGUGCUGGGGAGGUCGAUGAGGUGGAAGUUGAAGAUGAACUGGAGGCGCUGGAGAAGGUCGAGAGGGAGAAGAUUGAGGCCCAGGAGAAAGAAGAUCGAGAGAAGAGGGAGGCCGAGGAAAAAGAGGACCGAGAGAAGAAAGAAGCGGAAGAGGCGGAGCAGACGAGGAAGCGUCUGGAGGAGCUGGAAAGUGCUUCGACCAUGAAGGACCCUUCGCACCAGGAGGGAGAAGCGCAGAAGGAAGGAGCUUAA